AUGAACUCGCAACAAGUAUAUCAGACGCCAUGGAAACACGAGGAUAAACGGCGGCUGAGGGUAGAUCAUAUGACCGCCGCGACUAUGAGAAGUGCAGCUGCUACACUGCUACUGGUGCCCUUGAACACGACCGAACUGGCAGGGCCUGCUCGCGGUCAGCACGUUAAAAUGGAUGCCUUGGACGCACUGUGUCUACAGUCAUUCAUCGACGUGAUCGGAGAGGUUUUGGCAGGACUCACAGAGUACCCCAUGACGACAGAGGUACUCCCCCAGAUAGCAGUGGAGUGCACGUGUAUCAUGCACGCGGCAGUGGCCAUUGGCAGCAUUGUUCUGGCCAAGAGAGGGACAAUAACCGAAGAGCAGGCCCUGAGGUUGCACGGAAGAGCCACCAUGUCUCUUCUACAGGCGCUGACAGCUGUUCCCAAGGACGACGAGGCGUGUUUGUGUGCCUCUGUGCUGCUCAAUAUCUACGAUCUGUCGUCAGAUGGUGCCCAGGAUACUUAUAUUCAUCUCACUGGAUCGAGGGCUCUCAUGGCUGAUCUGGAUUACACACACGACUCGAACGGCAUGCCUACAAAGCUGACACCAUUAGCACGUAUGUGUGUUUGGGCCAACAUAUUCAACGAUACCCUGGUGGCCAUCAGACACUCGCUUCCCGUGUUCUGGGACCCAGACGAGUGGUUUGACCUUCUAGGAUUGUCAUAUUGCUCUCCUGAAACAGCGUCUCCUACAUGGUGGUUUCGACGCAUCCACUAUCUGUUGGCCAAGCUACACACCUUCUCUUGUGUUCCAAGGGUGCUGACCGAGCAGGAGACGGUUGAGAACGAGCUCCACAAGUCGUUUCAGGCCCUCUGUGAAGACGCAGACGUGUGGUUCGGCUCAGUACCGGAACCAAUGCGACCCACUACCGUCAUGGAGACUGAAAGCCCGCUCUUUCCGUGCAUAUACAUUGUCGAGCGAAAAGGAAUCACCGCCAUGUGCAUGUACCACUCAUUCAUGCUCAUUGCCUCGAGGUGUGAUCCCAGUGUGCCCCUUUCGCAGAUGUACAUGCGGCAGCCCACAACCGUUCAUCACGCCUCGCGCAUCUUUGGUAUCGUAAAGACCAAUAUUUGCGAAUGGCUGGCUUCAGGGGCCAUGUUUGCCCUACGAAUAGCUCUUGAAUCGCUUGUAGAGCCCGCGCAUCGAAGCGAGGCUCUUGAAUUUGUCAAGGGCAUGGCUGCCACCUAUCAUUUGAAUAUCAGUUCACAUAUCGACGCAGUCAGAAGCCACUGGCAGGAAUGGGAUAAUUCUUCCUCUAACGGGUAUCACCAAUAA